CUACGUGCUACGUGCCAACUUGGUUCGCUGUUGCCGGCGAGGCGUUUCGCGUGGCAGCUAAAUCGCUCCAAGAUCCCUCCCCGGAUCUCGCGGUGCUCCGGAUUUUUCUGACGAACCGUCGUCGAUUUCCCGCGAACAAAGACUGGCCGACCGGCGAGCUAGGUUUGUGAACCGCGUCCCCAAAAGGGACAGACAGACGAAUCCAUAAAGGAAGAAGUAGGGGAACGCUCGGCUCGGCGAGCUAGGGGCCUCGGAUUGAUCGCGCGCGCGGAAGAGAAUUAUGAGCGAGCGACGUCGCUUAGCGUGCUGCUGUCAUCGUCGUCGUCGUCGUCGCCCCCGUCCCGCGGCCGCCGCCGGUUAUUCCACGAUCGAAGAAGACUUUUGACACGAGCGCAACGUGCGCGCGAAUCGUCGUCGUCGUCGUCGAGACGGACGACGCUACCGUUAGAUACUAGGCAGCGAGACGAGAAUCGUCGCCAGCGAGGCAGGAUGAACGGCUUCAGCACCGGCGAGGAGGACUCCCGGGGGGCGGCGGACCAGAUCUGCUGCCUCGUCGAUGAGGGCGAGCGAUGCUCCCGCCCGGCCGGCAACGCGUCCUACAGCAAACGUAUCCAGAAAACCGUCACUCAACGGCGGCUCAAGCUUAAUCUCGAUCACAUGGCAAGACAUAUAUACAUCUGUGAUUAUCACAAGCAAGUGAUCCAAUGUGCGAGGACUAAGCAGCAGCAGCAACGUAGGCGCAAGGAUUCUGAAGAGGAUUCAGGCGAAACUGACAACGAUCUCCCAGAAGUUGAUCUCUUCCAAUUGCAAGUCGGUACUUUGAGACGGUACAAAAGGCACUAUAAGGUUCCCACACGUCCUGGUCUUAACAAAGCUCAGUUAGCAGAUACUCUUAUGAAGCAUUUUAAGACCAUCCCUGUAGUGGAGAAGGAAGCACUAAGUUUUUUCAUAUAUACUGUUAAGACCAACGCAAAUAAAUUAGAUCAAAAAAACGGUUUGAGUAGUAGUGAUACAACGUAGCGUGAUCAGAAAAUCUCCCAUGUCACUAUUGUAAUAUUACAAAUUAGUUAUGUGAUAAGUAUAUCAAUUUUUACUUGUUAAUACAUACAUGUAUUUUAUAAGAAACUAUGUAUAUAAAGUAUAUAUAUAUAUGUAUAUAUAUUAUUAGUAUAUAUACACGCACACACCAUACAUAUAUAUACAUAUAUAUGCAUAUAUACAUACAUACAUACAUAUAUAAAUAUAAUUAUAAAAAUUUUAUAUACAUACAUCUAAAAUAGGCCAGCUGAAUAACUCGGCUGCUUUUGGCGAUAGAAAAAAAAUGCACUAAUUUUGCACCUACAAAAAAACUAUUGACAUCAGAUUAUGUCCCUCUUGAAAUCAAGCAAAAUUGGUCUGAUGCAUUUUUUUCUAUCGCCAAAAACAGCCGAAUUAUUCACAGGUGGCCUGUUUUAGAUGCCUCACCCUGUAUAUAUAAAAUAAUUUUAUAUAUGUAUAUAUCUGUAUGUGUAUAUGUAUUCUUCAAUACAUCAAAACCAUUCACUAUUUUAUUUUAUCUUUCUUUCGUCGCACAUUUCACAUAAAUGUACGUAGAUUUUAAAUGAUAUAAAAAUGUGCGUGCGAGUUGUUGGCGGUUUCGUUUUAGAAAUUGCGAACGACAAUAUAUUUUGGAAAACAUUUCAAGAGAAGCAGUUAUUAUAAAAUAAACGAGACAUCUACGAA